AUGGCUCUCAAGCGGAAUACUGUGCAAUUUGCGAGUUUACCCAUCAUCAGACGGACAGGAGCCUUGACCGAGUCGAGCCAACUGCGCUGGGAUGUAGAGCCACAGCAUGCAGCGGCAAGUGAAAGUAGACGACGAAGUGCUGAUGAUAUCAAUAUAGCAAUUUUACAUCGCCAAAUGAAUACACAGGGACGUAUACUUAGAAAGCCAUUGCCCAGUGAGAUUAUACGACGCUCGCAUUCCAAGGCGCUGUCGAGCUCUUUUGCGUCAAAAGCUCAACUACCAAGCAUUUUGAGAAGAAAAACAGUGUCGACGAUGACGAAGAUAUAUCGAAAGCCACUAAAAACCGACGAUAAGCGCCGAUUCCCUGUCGAUGCAACCGUAGCGACAGGCUAUUGCGUGGACUCAAACUGUGGGAAAGAGGCUGGCCUUACACAAGCAAACGCCAAGCCACAGGAACGAGGUGAAUUGUUGACGGCUCCAUACCAGAAUGCUGCAUUUUAUUCUGGCCUCGGCGACAAGAUCACCAAUAAAAAUGCGAUUGACGAUGGAAAGAUGAGUCCUGGUAGUGCAGAAGACGCAGAAGCACCGCCACCUACGGGCGCUCAUUUUUUAGACCGUGUCUGGCGGGGCUUAGAGCAAUCCCCUGUCGACCUUGCAACUAGUACAAGGCUCUCUGUUCCACCUCCUCUUCGUCGCAUAAGCGUUCCCUCCAUCUCCACCCCGGGCACACUGGAGGCGUAUUCAGGCCUGCAGCCAUCAUCCAGGCUGGGACUGGGUGAGUUGACUUUGAGUUUGACUUUUCUCUUAUAUCUUUAUUCACGAUGUCCCUAUAAUGACCUUGCGAUGAGCACUUACUCCGAAUACGAGCUGACCGAGUCCCCAGCACGGCCGUCCCAAUCUGCAAGUGCAAGAGCAGAGAUUAGUCUUAAUCUUAUUGGCGUCGGUCAACCCGGAAAUCUUAAUCCCAGCGACAUGCUGAGUCCCGCGAAUCAGACGCCUGUUCCUAGUGUUGCUGGCACGGCUACCACUCCGAGUCCUGGCCUCAGCCGUUGGCAUGCUCGGAAGAGCCGCGAUGAGGCUGAAAUUUUCACUCAUUCCAGAGGGGUCAGCCGUUCGUCUGCGAACCCUGCUUUUUCUUAUGAAUCCGGCUCUGUCGCUGGCUCAAGCAGCCCGCCGACAGGUUCAAAUGCGCAGAUCUCGCAGGAUGACCUCUUUGACGCUGACCUGGCUGCAAGAGAAUCACCUCCGCGGAAGCUAGCAUCUCCCAAGAUCAAACCGCCCAUGGAGAAGUUUAGAUUGUUCAGACGGAAUCGCGGUCCAUCGUUCUCUGAUGAGCCAUCGCCCAAAACUGACCGGUCGCGUCGCGGAGCUUUUGAUAGGCUGGGUGCAUGGUUUAGUCGUUCUCAACAGCAACAGCAGCAGCAGCAGCAGCAGCAAAAUACGACUCAGGCGCAUGGACGUGCUCCCGAGUCGUCUGUUGCGCAGACAAUGGAAUGGCUUCGUCCGGUGUCGUCGCAUCCAGCACCAGGACAUACACGCUUCUACUCAGACGACCGGACUGGUCGUGGUCGGCGCCGGUCAAACGUGGAGAGUCAGACAUCGUUCGAGGGACAGCAUCCACCGCCAGAGGGAUACUUUGCGCCCGAGUCCUUCUCUCGCUUCCGCCGCUCGCCCCGGGCCUCCAAGAGCAGCCAGCAAUUAGCAUCUGCAGCACCAGCAUCUCUAUCCCACCAACCUGACAGCCGGCUCGCUCCGCCAGACAGACUGCCGUCACCCGCUGGCUCCUUUUCAUACAGCGGCAGGGCCUCCCCACAAUCACCACCACCACCUGCUCCUCCACCACACCUUCACCUCCAUCACCAGCAACAGAUGACAGUACCACCGAGCCCCCAUCAUCCCCAACUCUCUCCACAGCUCUCUCCCCAAUUCUCUCCACCACCGCAUCUCGCCUCCCCGAUCCCCCAAGCUAUCCCCCGCACCCCGCCCUCCCGCGGCCGCAGCGUCGACCGCGCCUACACGCAAGACCUCCACAUCCGCUCCCGCAGCCCUAAGACCUUCCCCCCACGCCCGGAAGAACGCAGCUACCCCAGCACCGACACCUCCGACCCAGCCAACAACCUAGGAACCUUCCGCAGCAACCCGCGCACCAGCCGCAUCGGCGACCAGGAACUGCCCUGGAAACUCACGCUGCCGAGCGACUCGGACGAGGAACGCGCCGCCGCCGCCGGCACGACCGCCACCGCGCGCGAGGGGGAGGAAAGUUGGCUGGAGAGUACCACGCAGCGGCUCCUGCAGUCGUCGCGGCUGCCGACCUACGAGGAGGACUCGGAGGUGCACGGGCAGCCGCAUCGGCCUGUUGUUGCGGAUGAGAAGGCUGCAGGUGAUCAAACUGGGGGCCAAAGUCGCGAGCAAGGGCAAGGUCCAGGGCAAGGGCAAGGGCAAGUGCAGAGCCAGCGCCAUCCGCACCGCGGCGAGGCGAGGGCGAUCAAUCCCGACGAUGCACCGGUGGAAUUGCCUGUGCAGUGGGAUGACGACUCGGGCGAGGAGAUCACCAUGUCGAGUACAGCGUAUCCGGGGCAGGAGUGGAAGCCGUUGGGGUUCUCGGGGUGGGAGUACUAG